AGGAGCGCUGCUCCCAGGGCAGCCCAGAGCUUUCCCAGAGCAAGCGUUUGGCGGCACCCCGGUCCCCAAAGUGAAGGAAAAAAUUCUGAAAUGCAGAAAGGCUUAUUUGCAGCCGCAAAUGGGAAUCUGGAAUAACUAUGAAAAACACACUGAAAUAAUUGUGUUUGACUGGAACAAAAUUCUUGCAAAGUCCCCAAGGAUGAGAUUCUGUGCCAAAUCAAUGCUUCUAUCUGACUGGCUUUUUCUGGUCUAUGUGUUAAUGGUCUGCUGUAAAUUGUUGUCCGCCUCUAGCCACCAUCCCCGGGGACAUACAGGCCAGCACCAAGUUAAGCAAGGGACAUGCGAAGUUGUGGCAGUGCAUCGUUGCUGCAAUAAGAACCGGAUUGAAGAACGAUCGCAAACAGUCAAGUGCUCCUGCUUCCCAGGGCAGGUGGCUGGUACAACAAGGGCUCAGCCCUCAUGUGUGGAAGCUUCUAUUGUUCUACAGAAGUGGUGGUGUCAUAUGAACCCCUGUUUGGAUGGAGAGGACUGUAAAGUACUACCAGACUAUUCAGGUUGGUCUUGCAGCAGUGGAAAUAAAGUCAAAACCACAAAGGCAAGUACAGAGAUCACCUAUUUAAAUAUAGGUGGCAGUCUGCUGGUGGCAUUUGCUUAUUGCAUUGCAUCUGCAGGUGUGACUACCAGUGCUGGACUCUUCAAUGUUCUGGAAAGUGGUGGUUAA